AUGUGCUACUUAUCAGUCCUUAGUAGUCAAACCUUGAAGAGUGGUCAUCGUUCUACUGUUCGACAAGGCUGGGCUAUCUGUAAUGAAACAGAUGGAGCACCGGAUUUGAGAGGCCGUUUCAUCGUUAGGGCAGGUAAUAAACAUGCAGUUAAAUUAACUGGUAGCCAAUUAUCUGUUACACCAACUAUCCAGGUUCAAGGAACAGCUUUAACACAAGCCCAAAUGCCUAUGCACAAUCAUGUUGGUAAGACUAGAACCCAAAAUACACGAAGAAUGUAUUACGAUCUCAAGGCACCACUAAAUAGUCGUUUCCAAAGCGGUAGUUUUAGAUGGUUGAAUUCUGUUGAUAAUAAUGGAUGUACAGAUUGUUAUCAUACCCAUACAAUUUCAUCCGAUGGGGAAAAUCAAGCACAUACACAUGAAGCAACAUCAUCACCUAUUGAUUUACUUCCACCAUAUUAUGCACUUUUUAUAUUACGAAACUGUAGAAAAUGUGUUAAGUAA